GUGGUGUUUUGACUGCAGCACGUGAGCCCCAUCCGCGGUACAUGGAGUUCCAGCGCGAGCAGCUGAGGGGAGAUGUCCAGGAAAAGAGCCGCAGAGUCGGUGUCGGUGCCCAGCAGCACCCCGGAGAGGAAGCGGGCCUGCUGGGGCGUUCUGAUCAGCCAAGGGUCGUGGGCAGAUCGCUCUCCGCUCCAUGACGCAGCGUCUCAGGGUCGCCUGCUGAUCCUGCGCAGGCUGCUGGCUGAGGGAUAUCAAGUAAACAUUAAGACCAUCAACCAAGUGACGCCCCUCCAUGAAGCCUGUCUGUCUGGACACGUGGCAUGUGUCAGGGCGUUGCUAAGUGCUGGAGCUAAUGUGAAUGCUGCCACCAUCGACGGCGUCACUCCCCUGUAUAACUGCUGUGCAUCAGGGAGCGUCGGGUGUUUGGAGCUGCUGCUGCAGAAUGGAGCGCACAUCCACACACUUCACACACACUUCCCUUCGUCUAUGCAUGAAGCCUGCAGGAGAGGGAACAGCCAGUGUGUGGAGACCCUUCUUUCUCAUGGAGCAGAUCCAGACUGCCAGGUCCCCCACCUGGGCUCCCCUCUCUACGUGAGCUGCCUGCACCGACACGCAGCCUGCUCAAAGGUUUUGUUGGACAAAGGAGCCAGUGUUAAUGCAGGGAAAGGCGGUGAAAGUCCUCUGCAUGUAGCUGCCAGACAGGACAGCACAGAUCUGGUGUCGGUUUUACUCGACCAUGGCGCUGAAACCAAGCUCAGAGACGGAAACGGCCAGCGGCCUUUAGACCUCGCUCCGCCUGGUGGAGAAACACACCAGCUGCUGGUGGCAUUCGAAGCAUCCCCCAGGAGUCUCUGCCAGCUGUGCCGUCUCCGGAUCAGGGCCGUGAUUGGGCGAGCCAGACUCAAGCAGCUUCCUCUCCUCCCUCUUCCUUCACUUCUCACUCAAUAUUUGGAGCACACAUAGAGCCAUAGGCUGCAUGCUCUCUUGUAGUUUUCUGUCUCCAAUGCAAAAACAGAAAAUGUUGGCAAGUAUUUUUGGUCUAGUUUCUAGUGCAAAUAUCUCAGUACACCUGAAAUAAGACAAAACUGACUUAGAAGUAACUUUUUAAUAAAUUUUCAGCAAGAAGUAGCAGCUUCUUCUAUGUAAGUCCGUAAUAUUAAUGAAAAAGUACUAGUGAUAAGUACUUCAAGACAUUUUUCCCAUGUUAUUUCACUCAUAACUAGUACUUUUUCAUCAAAAUUUAGGAAUUGUUGACUUAAUAGGGCAAUAUUAUGUAUUUUCCAGGCAACUAGUGCCAUUUUAUAGCACCAUCAACUAACUAUGUUAACGUUAGUUGUUUUAAAAAUGAUAUAUAUGUCAAAUUUGACUCGAAAGAAAUUUUACGUCCUAAUUUAACGCCUUGAAAUUGGGCCUCUGCCUCUUUAAAAAGUCCUGCUCUUUGUGAAACUCCGGCUACAGUGGAUAAUCACAACAUGGCUUCUCUAUUAACCCUUUAACAACGUUUUUACCAGUGUUGCACUGGGAAGUAGCUCAUACAAUGAGCUCAGCUGAGUUCCACCAGUUGUUUGCUAAUUACUGCUGGCUAGUCUGAAGGAUCUGAGUGGGGCAGUUGUACGGGAGGCCUGCUCUAUGAGGCAGAAGCUUGUAAACUGCAGCUCAGAGGAGGAGCUGCGUCCCGAAGGCGGGGCUUGGUCCAACCAGGCAUUUUGCACAGCUGAAUGGUUAUCAUGGUGAUGAAAGGAUUUCUCAGUCAUGCAUGAAAUAAUUAAGGCAACACUCCAGGUAUGUUUUUGAUUUUAAAGAAAUUACAUUAUAACAAGAUAUAAAGUCACAUUUUCUUAAUACUACCUCUUUAAGACAAGUUCCUAUCUUGUAAGUUAGUUUUAUUUAAUUUUGUAUGUACUGAGAUAUUUGCAUUAUAAUCUAGACCAAAAAAUGUCUAAAAAUGUUGUGUCCUUCCAGUCUAGAUAUAAUUAAUCCAGCUAGUAUUUCCUGUCAACAUGUCACCAUGGAUUCAAGCGGAUAAAGGAACAGUUUGCACUAACUUAGUGGAGAGAUUCUAACACUAACCUCCCCCACCCCCGGGGACACACAUCGGAGACUGUCCCUAUUGUAAUCUAUAGGGGGCACAGAAAAUCUUUAGGAACCACUGCACUAACUAUUCCCACAAUAUUGUUGAAAAAUGUUUUCACAGCCAAUAACCAUAAUAUCUUUACCUCAAUGUUAUUUAUGAAUAAUUUUGUGAAUGUCAAUGCUGCUGGAAUUGGAAACAUUUCCAAAAUGUGUGUCUGCAUACAUGCUAAUGUAAUGCUAGUAAAUAAUUUCUAUUUGUGAGAUUUAGAGUAUUUUAUUGGCUGCAAUGAACCACUAUCUGUUUUUUAUUACUUCAACUAAAGGAGAUUAUUUAAACUGUACAUUGAAUUCAAAUGGCAGAUUAUUGUGAACUGGACUUGAAAUGAAUCGAAUAAAUAAUGUUUUUAUUUCAUAAAGGUU